AUGUUGGAACUGGCAGACAGUAACGGUGAUAUCUGUGACCCUAGGCUAUCUGUUUCCAAAUCCAUCAUAUCUUCUCCCUGUGGAAUCAGUACAGCAGCGCAAGCUAUCCGGCAGGUGCUCUCAUCUCAUUACAGAAGCCAGGCCCGUUCCUUCUCCGAUGGCCACCGCCGUCACCAUACUCUUGGCCCCUUGAUGGGUUCUUCUCGUUACUCCAACACACUGAUCUCAUGA